AAGGGGACGUCAUCGUUCGGAAAGCGUCGCAAUAAGAUGCACACGUUGUGCCGCCGCUGCGGCUCUAAGGCCUACCACCUUCAGAAGUCCACCUGCGGCAAGUGUCGCUACCCUGCCAAGUGGAAGAGAAAGUAUAACUGGGGUGCCAAGGCUAAAAGACGGAAUACCACUGGGACCGGCCGAAUGAGGCACCUAAAAAUUGUAUACCACAGAUGCAGGCAUGGAUUCCGUGGAGGCACGACACCUAAGCCCAAGAGGGCAGCUGUUGCAGCAUCCAGUUCAUCUUAA